AUGUUUCAACCCCCUUUCUCGAAUAUCAUAGAGACGGAGAAAUCACAUAGGUAUUGCAAACUACACAUUCAGACAUGGAUUUACAUCCAUUGUACGAUAAGCAUGCUAAUCUGCUUGCUCGGAAUUGCUGUAGGUAUACUGCUGCUUUUAUAUAUAGAUUGGCAUGAGCAAUCCGUACUGUAUAGGCAGUUUCUGACAUACUUGCGAAGAGCUAACCCUACUCUGUACUGGUUAUGCUACCGAAUAGCUGCAUCAGCCUGGUGUAUCUUUCACUUCAUUCAUCUAGCUUCUAUAAUCAUGACAAUUUUUGGAGUUCAGGUUACAAAGAUGUGUUUAAUCAUUCCUCAGAUGGUUGUUCUUGCUCUCCACAUAGGCGUAUAUGUUUUAAUGAGUUUUUCUAUUACUUUACUCAGUAUAACUGGUGCUAAGUUUAUGUGGAUGUCUUUAACGAUUGUUAUUUUCUUUGCAGUCUUCACGACGUCGAAUCUCAUAUUGAUGGUACUUUAUCAUCGGUUUUUGGAUGAGAAAAACAAGGCUUUGAAAAAUUUGUUGGGAAACACUCGAACAGUUCACUUCAAAGAAACGAAUUGA